AGUUGAAUUGCUUGAAGUUCUCUUAUUUGGAAGUUGUCUAACUCAGGGGGAGUAUCCCGAAGCAUACUUACUUGAUCUUAAUGUAUUCUUUUUCCUACGAUUAGGAGCAUUUUCCCUACUGAGUUUUUGCUAUCUAACGAGGUUUUGAUGAGGCACCCAUUCUGGGAUGAUCAUACUCCAUUGAGUUCACUUUUUUCGUCCUGUAUGACGUUUGUUUUAGACAUUAUGCAUACUUCUCACUUUUCUCCUUAGUCUAUGAGUUUGUACCUAUCGUAGGUUGUACCAUAGCGAGGUUUUGUGAUUUUUACUACAAAUGCAUACUUUCUUUAAUUUGAGACUCGUGUUUGCCUGUUGUGCCGAAGACUUCAAUUGUUCUACUUCAUUUGCUGAAGACCUGAUGUGAUGUUUUGUUUGAGUAUUUACACACUCAAGGGGGAGUGUUGCAGUCCUAAAGUAAUCCUAUUACGAUAAGGAUUUAACCUUACUUACUACUAUAAAUAAAGGCACAAUGGGAUGAGAUAAUGCACACCUCACAAAUACAUAUCCCUCUCUUCUCUUUGUGCCGCCGGCUCCUCUCUCCCUAUCCUUAAUACAGUUCAGUAAAUUAGGCCUACUACAAGUUUGCUUUUUAUUAUUUUUGUGUGCUAGUUUUUCAUAAGAUGUUAGAUGAAAACCUCUAUAUAAAGAUAAAAGAAGAAAUCAAUUAAGGAAGUUUUCCUUACUUCCUCUACUUCUGUAUUUUUUAGAACUCUUGUGGGAUAACUUAUCAAAAGAUGAGAAAAAAAUACGUUAUAUGUUAUGAAUAGGAAAAAAUAGGGUGGGGUGUAAUUAAAUUAGGAUUUUAUAAGAUUUUAAUAGAUUUUGAAAUUAUGGUGUAGUCAAAAUAGGUUAAGAGUAUUUUAAAAAUACAUCCAAAUCUAUGAGUAGUUAAUUGAGAUUUUAAUGGAUAUAACAAGAGUGAUUAUAAAUCUAGGUGUAUUAAAUCAAAAAAAAAUUUGACAGUAUUUCAUUAAGUUGUGGAUUUUGUUGGAUUUGUGAGCACAAAUAUAUAUAACCAAGAGAAAAUGAAUCUCACCUCACCCCCUAAGGUUUCAAAUCAAGCUUAUGUUCUUCUAACCCUCUCUCCUCAUUCCCGACUUCUCAAGCGUCACUUUUGUCUCCCAUCUUCCCUCCAGUCCAUUUCUCCCAUGCUCGACCAAUAGUGAUCACUUGCCAUUUGCCCGAAAGAAAUAAGAAUUUCAUUGAUUGCUUGGAUAGAUCAAAUGAAUUAAGGUUAUAAUUCUUGACAAAAAGAUAUCUUUUUAUGGCUGCUCAUAAGGUUUUUCCUACAGUUCGACUGCGUUUGGUUGGAUUUUUUUUUGCAUUAUUUUACUUUUCAAUUCAGGUUAUUAGCUCCUCGAUUUCUCAUCAUCACGGAACAUAUUGGGAUUCAAAUGAGAAAAGGAAAGGCAUAUUUGAAUUUGUAUUUUCUUAUAUAUACAUAUAUAUAUAUAUGCUGAUAUGUUCCUUUCAAAUUGUGUAUUUGGAAAGAAAUUUAUUUUAUAGUUUAGAAGUCAACUAAAUCCUAAGAAAUUUAUGAGAGAAGUCUAUACUAACUCAUAUAAAUCUAUAUAAAUCUGCCAAAAUUAAUAUAAAAUUGUAAAAUCUAUUAAAAGAUUUUGAAAUUUGUCACUUAAAAAAACUAUUAAAAUCAUCUAAAAUCCAAAUUGACUACACGCUAGUUGGGUACUGCUGUGCUUUUUAAAUUUUUUUUUUUUUUUUUUGCUGUUGAGUGUUUGGUAAUAGUGUCUAAGUGUUUGGUAAACUUCUAUAUAAAUUGCUGUGAAUAUAUUAAAUGAUUAAAAAUAAUAUAGUAUUUAAUGAGAUAUAAUAAUUGUCAAAUAGAAUAAUGUGGGAGCAAUGAUUGUAAUUUUAUAAAAUAUGUGGGAAUAUACUUAUCAUUUGAAAAUUUUAUUAAAUGAAUUAAAUAAGUACUGAUUACUAUACGUUAAAAGAACAUUUUUUUUUAGAAACUUGAUAGAUCCUACUUACACCUUCUGGUUUGAGUUCUUCUGUUUUUUGUACUUCUCUUUCAAGAUUGAGUUACUUAUUGUAGUGUGUACUUGUGCAUUAAUCUUUUUUUUGUCAAAAUCAUGCUUUUUGACUAAAUGUUAUUUUAUUUUUAUCCCAAUAAAAAAGAAAAAGAAAAGAGGGAGUGAGAAGAAAAUUGCAGAAAUAAGUAAUAGUGGAAAAGUGUUAAGUUCGUGUGGAUUCUAACUUCGUCAGUGACUAAUUUAACAUCUAAUCUAAUAAAAUUAUGGAUUGAAAAAAAUAAAUUUGCAGAAAUUGAAGCACACACCGGCAUACUGCUUGCGUGCGGUGUAACGCUUAUCUUAUUUACUUUCUUAUAAGAAUCUGAACACGGAUCUUUGAUUCCUCUGUCUACUGUUUCAUUUCAUCUUUUUCUCCCCCAGUUCUCUCUCUCUGUCUCUCACAUACAAAGAAACUACAUGGAUUGAAGUUAAUUGGGUUCUGAGGAAUUGAAAAAACGCAGAAAACAAAAUUAUGGGAUCGUUGAAGAAGGAAGAGGAGGAGCUGGAACAAUUGGGGGAGUACUCAAAAGAGGCCAUACUGUAUGUCAAUGGAGUUCGUAGAGUUUUGCUUGAUGGGUUGGCCCAUUUGACCCUUCUCGAGUAUCUCAGAGAUAUAGGUUUGACGGGGACAAAGCUUGGCUGUGGUGAAGGUGGUUGUGGUGCUUGCACUGUUAUGGUUUCGCAUUAUGACAAAGAACUGAAGAAAAGUUUCCACUAUGCUGUGAACGCAUGCUUGGCUCCUUUGUAUUCUGUAGAGGGGAUGCACGUAAUUACUGUGGAAGGACUAGGGAGCCACAAGCAGGGCUUGCACCCAAUUCAAGAAUCAUUGGCACGAUCUCAUGGUUCACAAUGUGGAUUUUGCACCCCCGGUUUUAUUAUGUCCAUCUAUGCCUUGUUAAGGUCAAGUCAGAAACCACCUAGUGAGGAGCAGAUUGAAGAAUGUCUUGCAGGAAAUUUGUGUAGAUGCACAGGUUACAGACCUAUUGUUGAUGCUUUUCGUGUAUUUGCCAAAACGGAUGAUACGCCAUACAUUAAUACAUCUACACUAAGCUCUGAAGGAGGUGAGUUUGUGUGCCCUUCAACUGGAAAGCCCUGUUCAUGUGGAUUGAAAAGUGAAAGUUCAUGCACCACUCAUGAAAGUGGUACUCAUAGUAAGAGGUAUGCACCUGUCUCGUACAGUGAAAUUGAUGGAAGCACAUACACAGACAAGGAGUUUAUUUUUCCUCCUGAGCUAUUAUUGAGAAAAUCGACAUAUUUAAGUUUGACUGGUUUUGGUGGAUUAAAGUGGUUCCGACCAUUGAGGCUUAAACAAGUGCUAGAAUUGAAGGAAAAAUACCCUGAUGCAAAAUUAUUGGUAGGCAAUACUGAGGUGGGAAUUGAAACGAGGUUGAAGAAAAUUCAAUAUAAGGUUUUGAUUUUUGUUACGCAUGUACCUGAACUCAGUAAAUUGACUGUGAAGGAUGAUGGCAUAGAGAUAGGUUCAGCAGUAAGACUUUCUGAACUACUUAAAGUUUUAAGAACGGUCAUAACAGAACGCACAGCUCAUGAAACUUCUGCUUGUAAGGCCUUUGUUGAACAAUUAAAAUGGUUUGCUGGGGUGCAAAUAAGAAAUGUUGCGUCUGUGGGUGGAAAUAUCUGUACAGCCAGUCCAAUAUCAGACUUGAACCCUCUUUGGAUGGCCUCUAGAGCGAAAUUUCAGAUUAUUGAUUGCAAAGGGAAUAUUAGAACAACGCUGGCAGAAAACUUUUUCUUGGGUUACCGAAAGGUGGAUUUGACCAGUGGUGAAAUUUUACUCUCUGUAUUUUUACCUUGGACUAGGCCCUUCGAGUAUGUGAAAGAGUAUAAGCAAGCUCACAGAAGGGAUGAUGAUAUUGCAAUUGUGAAUGCUGGGAUUCGUGUCCAUCUUGAGGACAGAGGUGGCUGGGUUGUGUCUGAUGCAUCCAUUGCUUAUGGUGGAGUUGCUCCACUCUCUCUUUCUGCAAUGAGAACGAAAAUUUUUCUCAUUGGAAAGAGUUGGAACCAGGAGGUGUUGCAGGGUGCCUUGAAAGUCCUGCAAGAAGAUGUAUUGCUCAAGGAUGAUGCUCCUGGUGGAAUGGUGGAGUUUCGUAAGUCAUUGAGUGUUAGCUUUUUCUUCAAAUUUUUUCUUUGGGUUUCUUAUCAAAUGGAAAGGAAGAAAUGCAUUAAAGAGAGUGUACCAUUAUCUCAUCUUUCUGCUGUACGAUCAUUUCACCGGUCAUCUGUUAUAGGAGCUCAAGAUUAUGAAGUUAUAAAACGUGGGACAGCUGUUGGGUCUCCCGAGGUUCAUUUAUCAGCAAGACUUCAGGUUACAGGAGAGGCGGAAUAUGCCGAUGACACACCAUUGCCUCCUAAUGGUUUACACGCUGCUUUAAUACUCAGCAGAAAGCCUCACGCUCGUAUACGUUCAAUCGAUGAUUCUGGAGCAAAGUUAUCACCUGGGUUUGCAGGCAUAUAUUUAGCAAAGGACGUUCCAGCUGAUAAUAACAUUGGACCAGUUGUUGAAGACGAGGAACUAUUUGCUUCAGAAUUUGUCACUUGUGUAGGUCAGGUUAUAGGAGUGGUAGUUGCUGAUACAAAUGAGAAUGCAAAACUAGCAGCGAGGAAGGUUCAUGUUGAGUAUGAAGAGCUACCAGCCAUCUUAUCAAUACAGGAUGCCAUUGAUGCCAAAAAUUUCCAUCCUAAUACGGAGAGGUGUUUUAGGAAAGGGGAUGUGGAUAUUUGCUUUCAAUCAAGUCAAUGUGACCAUGUCAUAGAGGGGGAAGUUCGAGUCGGCGGACAGGAACACUUUUAUUUGGAGCCAAAUAGCAGUGUGGUAUGGACAAUGGAUGGUGGCAAUGAAGUUCAUAUGAUCUCAUCCGCUCAGGCCCCUCAGAAGCACCAGAAAUAUGUUUCUCAUGUUCUUGGUCUUCCAGUGUCAAAAGUCGUUUGUAAAACUAAGCGCAUUGGUGGUGGUUUUGGCGGCAAGGAGACUAGGUCAGCUUUCAUUGCUGCUGCAGCCGCUGUUCCAGCAUAUCUGUUAAAUCGUCCAGUUAAAAUUACAUUAGACCGUGAUACAGAUAUGAUGAUAACUGGACAACGCCAUAGCUUUCUCGGAAAGUACAAGGUUGGAUUUACAAAUGAGGGCAAGGUGUUGGCACUGGAUCUUGAAAUCUACAAUAAUGGUGGAAAUUCGCUAGAUUUGUCUCUUUCCAUACUUGAACGUGCUAUGUUUCACUCAGAUAACGUCUAUGAGAUUCCAAAUGUGAAGAUUGUAGGAAGGGUUUGCUUCACUAACAUUCCAAGUAACACUGCUUUUCGAGGAUUUGGUAGUCCUCAAGGUAUGAUUAUUGCGGAAAAUUGGAUUCAGAGGAUUGCUGCAGAACUCAAAAAAAGCCCAGAAGAGAUGAAAGAAAUUAAUUUUCAAGAUGAAGGAUCAAUAUUGCAUUAUGGUCAACAACUUAAACACUGUACUUUGGGUCCGCUCUGGAAUCAACUGAAGUCAUCUUGUGAAUUUUCAAGGGCUCGCUACCAAGUUGACCAAUUUAAUAUUCAAAAUCGAUGGCGGAAGCGUGGUAUUGCCAUGGUUCCAACAAAAUUUGGCAUAGGCUUUACGUUAAAGCAUAUGAACCAGGCAGGUGCUCUUGUUCAUGUCUACACAGACGGAACUGUUUUAGUCACACACGGAGGUGUAGAGAUGGGGCAAGGUUUACAUACAAAAGUUGCUCAGGUCGCUGCUUCCGCCUUCAAUAUCCCUCUCAGUUCUGUCUUUAUUUCGGAGACAAGUACUGACAAGCUGGCAAGUGCAUGCUAUGUGGAACGGAUAGAUCUUUCUGCUCAUGGGUUUUACAUUACACCGGAAAUUGACUUUGAUUGGACAACUGGUAAAGGGAACCCAUUCAACUACUUCACAUAUGGGGCUGCUUUUGCUGAGGUUGAAAUUGAUACAUUGACGGGAGAUUUUCACACUAGAGUGGCUAACGUAUUCUUGGAUCUUGGUUACUCUCUCAACCCCGCAAUUGAUGUUGGGCAGAUUGAAGGAGCAUUUGUACAAGGUUUGGGAUGGGUAGCUCUAGAAGAACUAAAGUGGGGCGAUCCUGCUCAUAAAUGGAUCUCACCCGGUUGCCUCUACACAUCUGGGCCGGGAAAUUACAAGAUUCCUUCCAUUAAUGAUGUCCCCUUCAAAUUCAGCGUUUCACUUCUGAAGGGCCAUCCAAAUGUGAAGGCCAUCCACUCAUCUAAGGCUGUUGGUGAGCCACCAUUUUUCUUGGCAUCAGCCGUCUUCUUCGGCAUCAAAGACGCCAUAAGAGCUGCAAGAGCAGAAGUAGGGUCUAAUGAGUGGUUUCCACUUGAUAAUCCCGCGACACCUGAACGGAUACGGAUGGCCUGCUUAGACGAAAUUAUUGAACCAUUUGUAAGCACAGAUUUCCGCGCCAAGCUUAGCGUUUGAUUGCUAAUUUCUGCUUUCCUGUAUUUCGUCUAUACGACUGGUAUCGGACUUGCGCUAGACUGUUCAGUCUCUCUCAUGUUUUUAGCCAAUUACAACAGAUGCAUGUAAACUGUAAUUAUUUUUGGCUUACAUGAGAUGUAUACUCAUACAGAAUUUUUAAGGAGACGAUAUUCAAAUGGGUAAUGAUUUCCGCUUCUGCACUUA